CCUUCGAUUGUCCAACGAAUAGAAGAUAUCAUCUAUCAAACAGACAUUGAUAAGAGAGAAAUCUUCUAUUCGAACCCUACCAUCCACCAGAUCAUGGAUGGUGUUAUCAAGGUUGUUGCCCGUCUGGAACACAUUACUUAUCAAUGCCUGACUGUAAUGUAUCAGGCACGGGUCAACAAAGAUCACCACAUCUCCCUCCAAAAGAUUCAACCGCAACAACAAGAAUCUCCAUCUAAACAGGAAUAG